UUUCGGUGAAACCGAAAGUGAAACCAUCAAAACAACAUCCUAACCGAUGGCUGCUGUCUUUUUCCAAGCCGCGUGGCGUGGGCUCGUUUCUUCGUGGCGAUGGAUUGCAAGAAUAGUUUUCCCACUUGUCAGAGGUCGACUUUUAGGACCGCGGGACGACGACGUCGGCGGCGGUUCAGGCGUGGAACUGGUGAAAGAGUGUGAAAACUCCUUGCAGGAGGUCAAUGUUGUCAGUGUCACACCCCCGGCUGACGAGGAGGAGUGGGGCGAAGAGUACGAGGUCAGGACCACGGAUGAGUUUUACUGCGAAUAUGACUCGACGUGGGAGACGGAGCCGAGCCAGGAGGUGUCCGGUGGUGACUCAGCUGGACACAAGUCCACAAGUUUGAAGUUUGAAAGGUUUCGGAACGCAGCGAGAGACACGCAAGUCUACAGGCAUGGCUACUCAUCUGUAACCAGCCAACACCAUCCAAAACAUGAGGACAUGGCCAAUUUGAAUUUCUACCUUGGAAAGAGACCCUCAAGGCCCGACGGUAUUUACAUUGGAGAGUUCCACAGUUCAUGGUAUGGAGAGUAUGACAGUCUGGAGUUUACGCACACUUAUAUUCAGUGGUUGUUCCCACUGGAAGUGCCAGGAGUGAACACCCAAGCCAGUACCCUGACCAAAGCAGAAAUCGAGGAGUUUCUGAAAGAACCAACUGCAAAGGAAAAUCUGUUGAAGUCCUAUAAGCUCAUGUUGGACUUUUACGGCAUAGAGCUGUGCAACGAAGAGACGGGUAGCGUCAAAAGGGCAAGAAACUGGAGGGACAGGUUCAACGACUUAAACAGACACACUCACAACAACCUCCGAAUCACCCGCAUCUUGAAGUGCAUGGGGAACUUGGGUUACCGUCACUACCAAGCCCCCCUGGUCGACUUCUUCCUGAAACAAACUCUGGUCCACAAAGAACUCCAAAGUGUCCAAGCCAGUGUACUCAACUACUUCAUAUUUACUGUAGUUAACAGGAAAGAGCGCAGGAAGCUUAUCAAGUUUGCUUACUUGAACUACGACCAAAAUGAAGAGUUUGUGUGGUGUCCAAAGAAGAUACAGAGUCUGUGGUCAAAGUCAAGUCCCUCCAAAUAGCAGGAGCCAAUGAUGUUCACGCCUAACACUGCUAUUAUUUACAUAAAUAAAAACUACCCAAAAAAUGUUCCUUUGUUUAUUCAGGUCUAAUGACCGAGUCUAUGUCUAUUCAGAGGUUUUUAACUCCGGCCUGUAGGAUCUUAGUACGGAGUUUAAAUAAUAUUCAGAGACAAUUCCAUGAGUGAUCAAAAAUGUUUAAUUGGUUGAGUUGAAACAAAUGAUCAAUUAGGUACUAAACUGUGAAUAAAUGAAGGGUUUUAUUUGUCUGCACAAUGGCCACAGUUCUAAGCCGUAAGUUACACUUGAUGAUCCUUCCGAAGUAUAUGGCUUGUAUUUUAUCUACUUAGAAAAGUAUCAUUAAAAACAUCAGUAUAUACACAAAUACAGUCAUAUUUACAUUUAGUGUGAGACCGGAUGCAGUAUUCUUGUUAAUGUUUUUGACAAGAGUAAUAUGUAUUAGGACUCGAACUAUGUACUUCGCUCCAAAGACACGUCACUUAAACGGCCUUGAGUUUUGUUUUGCAAACGUGAUAAAACAACUUAAGAUCUUUGUAUGACAGAAAAUACAAACACUGGAAUCUAUGGAAAUGAAAUACUGCCGUUGUUAUUCACAAAAGUGAUUUUCAACGGUUAUAAAUUAUUGUCCAAAGUCAAGUAGUGUGAAUAAAACACACUUGGAAACGUU